AUGGGGACGUUCACGGUGACCAUCGACAACAAGAAGAAGUUCGGGGGCAACAUGCGCGCGUUCGGCGUGAACGCGGCUGCGGGAAAGAUGCGAGCCUUCGGCGACGCCGCACCCAGGCAGACCUCGGCCCUCAACAGGCUAUCCGGUGGCGUGAUCAAGAGGGGUAUAGGCUCAAGGCUCGGUGAUUCCGCUGGAAAGUGGAAGCACGAUCUCUUCGAUUCCCCGGGCAGCAACGACCUGCGCUCGAGACUCGACGGAGGUCGAGGAUCGGGGGGCAGAUUUGGCGCGGGAGGCGGACGCGGCGGUGCCGGAGGCCGGGGCGACGACCUGAGGAGUAGGAUCGUCCGCGAGGUCCACGGCGGCCGUGGAGGCCGCGGUGGCCGUGGAGGCCGCGGCGGCCGUGGGGGCAUGCGCAUCGACCACAUGGGCGACCGCGGCGGCAGAGGGUCCGUGGUGGAGUUCCUGAGGGGCAUUGGUUUGGCCAGGUACACGGCAACAUUCCAGGAGGAGGAGAUCGACAUGGACGCGCUGACGCACCUGAGAAGAAGAUCAUGGCUGCGUUGA